AUGACACCUCAGGGACGGAACGAUAUCGACACCAAGCGUCGGAUCUUGCAUGGUCGUCCACGGUACUCGCCCCACGUCUGGGACGAUCUCGGCGACGCGAAGAGCUUGGUGGAAGUGCUGCUCAUUUACGAUCCUGUACAGCGUGCGAAGGUGGGGAUGGCGUUGGAGUCUGAGUGGAUUAGCAAGGACCGUGAGGAUCUAGAGGCGGUAUAUGUGGACCGAGUCCAGUUGCGUUGA